AUGUUUGGGAACGCGAACAAGAGCAGCGAAGAGCAGAACGCGAACAAGAGAGAAAGAAUGAGAGGGACAGUGAUUUUGAUGAAGAAGAAUGUGUUGGACUUCACCGACUUAAGUUCCUCCUUGCUAGAUCGUCUUCAUGAGUUUGUGGGAAAACACGUUUCUCUUCAACUCAUAAGUGCUUCUCAGGAAGCUUCUGAUGUUGAAGGGAAUGGCAUGAAAGGUAAACUUGGGAAGCCUGCAUAUUUGGAAGACUGGAUCACCACAAUCACACCUUUGAUAGCGGGCGAAUCAGCAUUUGGGGUCACAUUUGAUUGGGAUGAUGAUGAGGAUAUAGGAACCCCAGGAGCUUUUUUAAUAAGAAAUCAUCAUCACAGUGAGUUCUACCUGAAAAGCAUGACACUUGAAAAUGUUCCAGGCCAUGGUGUCAUCCACUUUAUCUGCAACUCUUGGGUAUACCCUGCACAUAAAUAUAAAACGGAUCGCAUUUUCUUCAGCAACAAGACAUACCUUCCAAGUGAAACGCCAGAGCCGCUUCUUAAGUAUAGAGAAGAAGAACUAGAGAGUUUAAGAGGAGAUGGAAGAGGGACCCUGCAAGAGUGGGAUAGGGUGUAUGACUAUGCAUACUACAAUGAUUUGGGUGAUCCGGAUAAGGGUGCACAAUAUGCUCGCCCAGUUCUAGGAGGGUCCACUGAAUAUCCCUACCCUCGAAGAGGAAGAACUGGUAGACCACCUUCAAAAACAGAUGCCAAGAGUGAAAGUAGAUUGAAUUUGGCUAUGAGCUUGGACAUCUAUGUUCCAAGGGAUGAAAGAUUUGGUCACUUGAAAUUGUCAGACUUUCUUGCUAACGCACUGAAAUCCAUAGUUCAGGUUCUCAAACCUGAGUUGGAAUCUCUCUUUGACAGCACCCCUGAGGAGUUUGAUAGCUUUGAAGAUGUGUUUAAACUCUAUGAAGGUGGGAUCAAGCUGCCUGAAGGUAUACUUAAGAAUAUUAGGGAUAGAAUCCAUGCAGAGCUGCUCAAAGAAAUUCUCCGAACUGAUGGAGAAAGGUUCCUCAAGUUUCCCAUGCCUCAAGUGAUUAAAGAGGAUAAGUCUGCAUGGAGAACUGAUGAAGAAUUUGCUAGGGAGAUGCUAGCUGGUGUAAACCCUGUUAUUAUUCGCUGCCUCCGAGAAUUCCCACCAGCAAGUAAGCUAGAUGCUAAAGUCUAUGGUAAUCAAACCAGUACAAUAAAGAAAGAGAACAUUGAGAGCAACAUGGAUGGACUCACAGUACAUGAGGCUAUCAGACACAAGAAGCUGUUCAUAUUAGAUCACCAUGAUGCACUAAUACCAUACUUGAGGAGGAUAAACUCCACUUCUACAAAGACUUACGCCAGUAGGACAAUUCUUUUCUUGCAAAAUGAUGGAACUUUAAAGCCAUUGGCCAUUGAGUUGAGUUUGCCACAUUCCGAAGGAGACCAAUAUGGUGUCAUUAGUAAGGUUUUCACUCCUGCAGAUGAAGGUGUUGAAAAUUCCAUCUGGCAGUUAGCUAAAGCUUAUGUAGCAGUAAACGAUUCAGGCGUUCAUCAGCUUAUUAGCCACUGGCUGAAUACUCAUGCAGUGAUUGAGCCAUUCGUCAUAGCUGCAAACAGACAGCUCAGCGUGCUUCACCCUAUUCAUAAACUACUGCAUCCACACUUUCGUGACACCAUGAACAUAAAUGCUCUAGCAAGACAAAUCCUCAUCAACGCUGACGGAUUUGUUGAGGCCACGGUUUUCCCAUCGAAGUAUUCGAUGGAGAUGUCUUCUGCUAUUUAUAAGAACUGGAUUUUCCCUGACCAAGCAUUACCCGCAGAUCUCAUCAAGAGAGGAAUGGCCGUUAAAGAUUCAGGUUCUCCGCACGGCCUUCGACUUGUGAUUGAAGAUUACCCUUACGCUGUUGACGGGCUAGAGAUUUGGUUUGCCAUAAAGAACUGGGUUCAGGAUUAUUGCUCCUUUUACUACAAGGAAGAUGACACGGUUAAGAAAGAUUCAGAACUACAAUCUUGGUGGAAGGAGUUAAGAGAGGAGGGUCACGGUGACAAGAAAAACGAGCCUUGGUGGCCAAAAAUGCAUACUCGUGAAGACCUCAUUGAAGUGUGCACUAUCAUUAUAUGGGUUGCUUCAGCCCUGCAUGCAUCCACCAACUUUGGCCAAUACCCUUAUGCAGGUUUCCUCCCAAACCGUCCAACCAUAAGCCGAAGAUUCAUGCCUGAGAAAGGAACUCCAGAGUAUGAUGAACUUGUGAACAACCCUGAGAAGGCUUUUCUGAAAACAAUCACCGCACAGUUGCAGGCCCUUAUAGGCAUUUCACUCAUAGAAAUAUUGUCUAAGCACUCUUCUGAUGAGUUGUACCUUGGACAGAGAGACACUCCUUACUGGACUUCUGAAGUGGAACCAUUGGAAGCGUUUGGGAGGUUUGGUAAAAAGCUGGCUCAAAUUGAGGAAAGGAUCGUGACACUGAACAGUGAUGGGAAACACAAAAACCGAGUUGGACCAGUUAACAUGCCAUACACAUUACUUUAUCCUAGCAGCAAAGAUGGACUCACUGGCAUGGGAAUUCCCAACAGUGUCGCCAUUUGA